GUCCCUAUGGAUAAUGUGCGGGUGACCAGUACAGGGGAGGAGACAAAGAGCUUCAAUUUGGACAACACACUUAACUUUGGAGCCAGACCGGGGGUUCAAACAUGCACGUCUUGGAAAGCACCUAUCAUCUGGGAGGGGAUGUUUGACCCCUAUCUUUACGACCAGAAGCACAUCGAAAGCCACUCAUCUGUGGCCCUCACCGUCUUUGCUGUGGGCAGGUACCUGGAUGCCUACCUUAAGACCUUCCUUACCACUGCAGAACAGCAUUUUAUGUUGGGAUUACCAGUGACAUAUUACGUGUUUACAGAUCUACCAGAGAACGUACCAAACAUUGAGCUUUCUCCUCAGCGAAUCAUGAAGGUUAUCCAGGUAGAAAAGCACUCCAGGUGGCAGGACAUCUCUAUGAUGCGUAUGAAAGCAAUAUCAGAAACCAUAGAAGCAGAGAUUCGUCACUGCUGCAAAUAUGUCUUCUGCUUUGAUGUGGAUCAGGAGUUUAAGGGGAGAUUUGGAUCAGAGGCUCUGGGGGAUUCUGUGGCUUUGCUCCAUGCCCACUUUUACAAACUUCCAAAUGAGAGGUUCACCUACGACAGAAACCCCAAAUCCAAAGCCUUCAUGGAAACCGGAGAUUUUUACUACCAUGCUGCUAUCUUUGGAGGCUUGUGGGAAAAUGUGAAAAAUUUGGCAGAUGCCUGCUAUCUGAACAUCAUGGAGGACAAACAAAACGAUGUGGAAGCUCUGUGGCAUGAUGAGAGUCAUCUAAACAAGUACUUUUGGCUUAAUAAACCAGGCAGGCUGCUAUCCCCUGAGUACUGCUGGGACGAGAGUAUUGCAGACAAGAGUGACAUAAAUGUCACCCGUCUAAUAUGGGAACCAAAGAAUUAUGACACAGUUCGAAAUUCAUAG